AUGAAAUUGUAUCAAUUCUAUCCAUCCGUAGAUUCUCCUUCUCAUAACUUUUUCUGUUUGUCUUCGGGAGACGGAAGCUAAAGAUAUUUCCCAGAAUUCCAUUCACCAGAAACAUGACGAAAAUGUCUGAACAGAAAAUGGAGAUUGAUGAGGUUCCUAUCCAACAGGAUGGGAUAAAGUCAUAUUAUAUCAGCAAAACUGAAGAGCUUCAAUUGAUUGUAACAGAAAAGACGCAAAAUUUGCGCCGACUGGAAGCUCAGCGGAAUGAACUGAAUGCUAAAGUUCGCAUGUUGCGGGAAGAGUUACAGCUGUUACAAGAACAAGGGUCAUAUGUCGGGGAAGUUGUCAAACCUAUGGACAAGAAGAAAGUUCUGGUGAAGGUACACCCCGAGGGAAAGUUUGUUGUCGAUGUGGACAAGAACAUCGACAUCAAUGAUGUCACUGCAAACAGCAGAGUUGCCCUGCGCAAUGACUGUUACACUCUGCACAAAAUCUUACCCAAUAAAGUCGACCCAUUAGUGAGUUUGAUGAUGGUGGAGAAAGUUCCAGACUCUACUUAUGAGAUGGUUGGUGGACUUGAUAAACAGAUUAAAGAAAUCAAGGAAGUGAUAGAGCUGCCUGUGAAACACCCAGAACUCUUUGAAGCUCUUGGCAUUGCUCAACCAAAGGGAGUACUUUUAUAUGGCCCACCUGGCACAGGUAAAACCCUGUUGGCCAGAGCUGUAGCCCAUCAUACAGAAUGUACUUUCAUCAGGGUAUCUGGUUCAGAAUUAGUGCAGAAAUUUAUUGGAGAAGGUUCCAGAAUGGUACGGGAGCUUUUCGUCAUGGCCCGGGAACAUGCUCCGUCUAUAAUAUUUAUGGAUGAGAUUGAUUCUAUUGGCUCUUCACGUUUGGAAGGAGGAUCUGGUGGCGACAGUGAAGUACAGAGAACCAUGUUGGAAUUACUGAACCAACUUGAUGGGUUUGAGCCAAAACAAAACAUAAAGGUCAUCAUGGCUACCAACAGAAUUGACAUCUUGGACCCUGCUUUGUUGCGUCCUGGACGUAUCGACAGAAAGAUUGAGUUCCCUCCACCCAAUGAAGAGGCUCGUUUAGAUAUUUUGAAGAUUCACUCACGGAAGAUGAAUUUGACACGUGGAAUUGACCUGCGGAAGAUUGCUGAGAUGAUGCCUGGUGCUUCUGGUGCCGAAGUCAAGGGUGUAUGUACAGAGGCAGGGAUGUAUGCUCUACGAGAGAGACGUGUCCAUGUCACCCAGGAGGAUUUUGAACUUGCAGUUGCUAAGGUGAUGCAGAAGGACUCCGAAAAGAAUAUGUCCAUCAAGAAACAGUGGAAAUAAAUCACUCAUGAUGAAGCAUCUUCGACAGUUGCAGUUACUAUUAAGUACCAUCAUUAUAAUUAUUGUGCAUCACAACAGAAGCAGCAGCAACCAAACUUUCUUGUACUGAAUGGUGGUGGAUGUCUGUGGAUGUGUUUGAUAUAUAUAUUAAAGAUCUUAGUGUAUAGCUAUGUGUAAUAUAUAUAUCUAUAUAAAAUGUGUGUCUAUAAACACAUUCACAUAUGUUUUAUUAUAUAAUUGUUGACACCAGACACUGGUGAUGUGAAAGGUGACUGCUGUUUUCUUCCCUUCAUCUUGUCUUCAUCUUUUAGAAUUUAUUAUAUCACUACAACAAGAAAACAACAAAAAAAACUGUUUCAAUAAUAAAGACAUAUA